AUGAAAGAAGCUGGGUUGAAGCCAGAUGCGGUGACCUUUAUUGGGGUUCUAACCACAUGUAGUCAUUCAGGGCUCUUGAACGAAAGUUGGCAGUACUUCGAAUCUAUGAGAACGGACUAUGGCUUGGAAGUUACAGGAAAUCACUAUGCCUGCAUGGUUGAUCUCCUUGGUCGGCUUGACCAGGUGGAUGAGGCAGAGGCUUUAAUUAUUAAAGUACCUUUCCAAUCGAAAACGCUUUUAUGGAAAAUUCUGUUGGUUACUUGCAACACACAUGGGAACACUGAGAAAGGCAACCAGAUUGCACAGAUGCUGAUUGAAGUGGAUCCAAAUGAACCUUCAAACUAUGUUUUAUUGUCAAACAUAUAUGCUGCAGCCUAG